AAAAGUAGAAAAACCUAUGUAAAGCUUGAACUUACAGUGAAGUACUCCUCGGCUCACCCUCCCCUCUGCUCGGCUCGAACCCAACUGAACUAAGGCCCCGCCCACAGCCGCCAUGCAGAGCGUGUACCCGACCAGGGAGCUGCCCCAUCUGCUGCGGCUGCCCUCCACCGCCCGCCGCGCCCAGCUGCUCGAGGUGUGCCGCAUCUCGGCCGGCGUGCGCAUCUUCAACUGGGACUGCAGGGGCAGGAAGGCGGACACGGACUCGACCCAUGGGCUGCUCGACCUGCCGGGGCUAGUGAAGGAGGCUGCGGCGGUCACCAGGAAGAUGGUCACGGCCUCCGUCGAGGAUAUCGAGUCUAGGCUGUGGGCGGCCACGGCCGCACUGGAGGCUACCCAACUACAGACGGCCGGCGCGGGGGAGGGCGCCAGCCGCGACCCGCGCGUCGACCCGGACCUGCUCAAGGAGACCGUCAUCUUUCUGCGGCAGCAGCAGGUGCUCUUCAGGCGGCUGCUGGAGGAUGUGGAGGGCGCCGGGGAAGAGGCGCGCCGCCUAACGGCUCAGCUGGAGGCUGGCCUCGGCGACGUGCACGCCGUGGUGCAGUCCAAGACCGCCGUGCCCACCAACCAGGUGUACCCUCAGUUCAUGUCGCUGGCGUCCACGUGGGAGGCCCUGGAGGCGCAGGCCGUGGUCAUCAGCCGCGCUGCCAGCAUCCACCGCCGCCUGGGGGCGUACUCUAAGGAUGUCCACUGUGUGGACGACACCGUGCUCCGUGGCUUCCUCGACAAGGCCCAGCGCCCGACCCCCACGGACGCAGAGAGGGUGUCCUCUGGUCUAACAGCCGGCGCCGACGCCGACCUCAGGCUACUGGAGGCCGCGCGGAAGCGACUUGACAGGGACCUGGGCCGCGGGGACGUGGUCGCUGAGUUCGAAGGGUUCUGCCCCUGGUUCCUGGCGGUGUCCGGCGGGGGGCUGGUGCCCGGGUGCCCAGCUCUCGGGCUGUGCGAGGCUGGCCCGGGUGCCGCCGGCGGCGGCCCUCGCCUCUACGCGCUGUGCUCGCUGCAAGCGGCGCAGCUCUUCUCCUCCAACCCCAACCAGUGGAUCCAGCGCGCCCUGGACGAGGUGCGCCGUCGGCCCGCCCUAGUGGGCCUCCUCGGCCUGGCCGACGCGCUCCGGCCCGCGCUCGACGGGGACCCGCUGGCUUCGGUGGUGACCAGCGGAGGCCUCCGCGCCAGCUCCAGGCCGGGCGUCGAACUCGGCGCCGACCUCCAGCUCGGGCACGCCGGCAUGCAGACGGAGGCCCGUCUGAGACGGCGUUCAGGCGCCGUGGCCGUGCACGUCCACAUGCCGAUUCUCGGGCCGGCCUCGCCACCGAAGCCUCGGACGCAGACCGCGGCCACGCAGACCGCGGCCAGCUCGUACCGCAGAGAGAUUCACGCGCAGACCUUCCCGGCCAAGGACGCGGCCGUGCAGUGCCCCAGGACCGUGGCCUGCACCGCGGGGCCCGCGGGGGCGGCGGUGACGGGUGCGCUCAGCACCACCCUCGACUCAAUACUGAUGUAAAUGCCGUAAAUGUUGUUCUUUUCUACUCACCUUUCAUUGUGUAUGUAAUUAUGCUUUUUUAAAUGCGUAAGAACU